CCGCCGCCUCCGCUUAGCCUCGCGCUCGCCGAGCCGAAUAUGAUAGAUACCUAGCAUCCAGCAAAAUAAUGGCAGCUGCUUACCUUGACCCCAACUUGAACCACACGCCACACUCAAGUGCUAAGACCCACCUGGGUCCUGGCAUGGAACGUUCUCCUGGUGCCAUGGAGCGAGUAUUGAAGGUCUUUCAUUAUUUUGAAAGCAAUAAUGAGCCAACCACCUGGGCCAGUAUUAUCAGGCACGGAGAUGCUACUGAUGUCAGGGGCAUCAUCCAGAAGAUAGUGGACAGCCACAGAGUGAAGCAUGUGGCUUGCUACGGGUUCCGCCUCAGCCACCUGCGGUCGGAGGAGGUUCACUGGCUGCAUGUGGACAUGGGUGUCUCCAGCGUGAGGGAGAAGUAUGAGCUUGCCCAUCCUCCGGAGGAGUGGAAAUAUGAAUUAAGGAUUCGUUACUUGCCAAAAGGAUUUCUGAACCAGUUUACUGAAGACAAGCCAACUCUGAAUUUCUUCUACCAACAGGUAAAGAGCGACUACAUGCUAGAGAUAGCAGACCAAGUGGACCAGGAAAUUGCUUUGAAGUUGGGUUGCCUAGAAAUACGGCGAUCAUACUGGGAGAUGCGCGGCAAUGCACUGGAAAAGAAGUCUAACUAUGAAGUGUUAGAAAAAGAUGUUGGUUUAAAGCGAUUUUUUCCUAAGAGUUUACUGGAUUCUGUCAAGGCCAAAACUUUAAGAAAACUGAUCCAACAAACAUUUAGACAGUUUGCCAACCUUAAUAGAGAAGAAAGUAUUCUGAAAUUCUUUGAGAUCCUCUCUCCAGUGUACAGAUUUGAUAAAGAAUGCUUCAAGUGUGCCCUGGGGUCAAGCUGGAUUAUUUCAGUGGAACUGGCAAUCGGCCCCGAAGAAGGGAUCAGUUACCUAACAGACAAGGGCUGCAAUCCCACACAUCUGGCUGACUUCAACCAAGUGCAGACCAUUCAGUAUUCCAACAGUGAAGACAAAGACAGAAAAGGAAUGCUACAGCUCAAAAUCGCAGGUGCCCCCGAGCCUCUGACAGUGACAGCCCCAUCCCUGAGCAUCGCCGAGAACAUGGCGGACCUAAUAGACGGGUACUGCCGGCUGGUGAGCGGAGCCACGCAGUCCUUCAUCAUCAGACCUCAGAGAGAAGGUGAACGGGCAUUGCCAUCAAUACCCAAGUUGGCCAACAGUGAGAAGCAAGGUGUACGGACACAUGCGGUCUCUGUGUCAGAGACAGACGACUAUGCCGAGAUAAUCGAUGAAGAAGAUACUUACACCAUGCCCUCAACUAGGGACUAUGAGAUUCAAAGAGAAAGAAUAGAACUCGGACGCUGUAUUGGAGAAGGCCAGUUUGGAGAUGUGCAUCAAGGCGUGUACAUGAGUCCAGAGAAUCCAGCUUUGGCUGUCGCAAUUAAAACAUGUAAAAACUGUACUUCGGACAGCGUGAGAGAGAAAUUCCUCCAAGAAGCCUUAACAAUGCGUCAGUUUGACCAUCCUCACAUUGUGAAGUUGAUUGGUGUCAUCACAGAGAACCCCGUGUGGAUAAUCAUGGAGCUGUGCACACUGGGAGAGCUGAGGUCAUUUUUGCAAGUAAGGAAAUACAGCUUGGAUCUGGCAUCUCUGAUCUUAUAUGCCUAUCAGCUCAGUACCGCACUGGCGUAUCUGGAGAGCAAAAGAUUUGUACACAGGGACAUUGCUGCUCGAAAUGUCCUGGUAUCCUCAAAUGAUUGUGUAAAAUUAGGAGACUUCGGAUUAUCUCGGUACAUGGAAGACAGUACUUAUUACAAAGCUUCCAAAGGAAAAUUGCCUAUUAAAUGGAUGGCUCCAGAGUCAAUCAAUUUUCGACGUUUUACCUCAGCUAGUGACGUGUGGAUGUUUGGUGUAUGUAUGUGGGAGAUUCUGAUGCAUGGUGUGAAGCCUUUUCAAGGAGUGAAGAACAAUGAUGUGAUCGGUCGAAUUGAAAAUGGGGAAAGAUUACCAAUGCCUCCAAAUUGUCCUCCUACCCUCUACAGCCUUAUGACGAAAUGCUGGGCCUAUGACCCCAGCAGGCGGCCCAGGUUUACUGAACUUAAAGCGCAGCUCAGCACGAUCCUGGAGGAAGAGAAGGCUCAGCAGGAAGAACGGAUGAGGAUGGAGUCCAGAAGACAGGCCACCGUGUCUUGGGACUCUGGAGGGUCCGACGAAGCACCACCCAAGCCCAGCAGACCUGGUUACCCUAGUCCGCGCUCCAGUGAAGGAUUUUACCCCAGCCCGCAGCACAUGGUGCAGAGCAAUCAUUAUCAGGUCUCUGGCUACCCUGGUCCACACGGACUCACAGCCAUGGCUGGCAGCAUCUACCCCGGCCCAGCAUCUCUCUUGGACCAAUCAGAAUCGUGGAAUCACAGGCCCCAGGAGAUACCCCUGUGGCAGCCCAACAUGGAGGACUCGGCAUCGUUGGACCUGAGAGGAAUGGGGCAGGUAUUGCCCGCCCACCUGAUGGAAGAGCGACUGAUCCGACAGCAGCAGGAAAUGGAAGAAGAUCAGCGCUGGCUGGAGAAAGAGGAGAGAUUUCUGAAACCUGAUGUGAGGCUAUCUCGAGGCAGCAUUGACAGGGAGGACGGGAGUCUUCAGGGGCCGACUGGAAACCAACACAUCUAUCAGCCUGUGGGCAAACCAGGAAGUCCUUCUGCUUUGCCAGAUCCUGCGGCUCCACCAAAGAAACCUCCACGCCCCGGAGCCCCCGGCCACCUGGGCAGCCUCGCCAGCCUCAGCAGCCCUGGGGACAGCUACAACGAGGGUGUCAAGCCAUGGAGGCUUCAACCCCAGGAAAUCAGUCCCCCUCCCACUGCCAACCUGGACCGGUCCAAUGACAAGGUGUAUGAGAACGUGACGGGCCUGGUGAAAGCUGUCAUUGAGAUGUCCAGUAAAAUCCAGCCAGCCCCACCCGAGGAGUACGUCCCUAUGGUGAAGGAAGUUGGCUUGGCCCUGCGGACACUAUUGGCUACCGUGGAUGAGACCAUUCCUGUCCUCCCAGCCAGCACACACCGAGAGAUCGAGAUGGCACAGAAGCUGCUCAACUCUGACCUGGGAGAGCUCAUCAGCAAGAUGCGGCUGGCCCAGCAGUGCGCCAUGACCAGCCUGCAGCAGGAGUACAAGAAGCAGAUGCUGACUGCCGCCCACGCCCUCGCAGUGGAUGCCAAGAACCUGCUGGAUGCCAUUGACCAGGCGAGACUGAAGAUGCUUGGGCAGGCAAGGCCACAUUGAGCCCGCCCGGGGGCUGUACUUCUUCCCUGGGAAGGUGUUCACCGGCCUUCCACCAGCAGCCAGAGCCAGCGUGUCCUCAGGCGCCAGCACCACAUCUCCAGCUGAGCAACAGCUGGCUGAAAACCUCUCACAUAAGUUUAACCACAUCUUGGGUUCAUUUUUGUUAUUCUUUUUAAAUCAUGGGGUUCAGAAAAGUCUGGGGUCCAUAAUGUGGCAUUUUUCAAGAAUGAAAAUUAUACAUUAAGAAGCUUUUUUAAGAACAUGAAGGCCAGAUGCAAUGGUGCAUGCCUGUAAUCCCAACAACUGGGGACACUGAGGCAGGAAGUUUGCCAGUUCAAGGCCAGCUUCAGCAACUUAGCAAGACCCUGUGUCAAAAUGAAAUUAAAGCAGAAAUGUGAAGAGCAGUUGGUAUUCCUGUUAGUGGGAAUGGCCUGGGGGCUGUGUUCAUUCCUGACCUGCCUUCACUGAAUAUAGGAAGAAGAGAAUGUGGUGAAGAAUCCCAGGAGACCCAGGAGGCUGAGGAUUCCUUUCUUGCCAUAGCAUUAUUAUCCAGACUGGGGUUUGGCUAGAACACCCUUCUGUUGCAAUAUGCUAAUCCCAUUUACAAAGAAAGAAUAUAAAAGCUAUAUUUUGAAGACUCAAAUCAUUUCAGAAAAAAAAACUAGCACCCUUCUGUCUCCCGCCUUUCACUUUACGUGGACAUGGAAGCGCUGGGCUGGAGCCAGCUGCAGAGCCCAGCCAAGACUCAAAACUCGUGUCUUCUCACCAGGAUAAUGUGCCCGUUGUUUGUAGCAGUGUAAUUUCUCUUGGAAGCAGAAACACUUUGUACCAGAGCACCUCCAAACUGCAGCGAGGAGUCCAGAACCACCGUUUUCCAUUUUUAUAUGAUUUAUAAGGAAAGAUUAAAGCCAUGUUGACCCCUCACAGCCACGGGCGCUGGCUGACCCUCAUCGUGUCUGUCUUCCCCACAGAGAACUAAGCGGGACGCAGGGGUUUGGUUCUCGAUAGAUGUCCAGCUAUUGCACCAUCGUCCUCUUAGAUCAUUCUGAAGAACACACCCUCCCUUUAGUUUGUCGGGGGAUAUGAAUUAUUCUCAGGAAGAAUAUAAUGAACUGUACAGUUACUUUGACCUAUUAAAAAGGUGUUGCCGUAA